AUGUCAAUCAGCACAACUCACACCCAAGGUUUCUCUCCAACAGUGGGAUGGGACGCCGAAGCCAUCAUCGUUGUGGUCUGUGUCACUUUAUCAUUCUAUAACUGCGUAGAACUCCUGGUCCUGGUCCUCACUAGCUUCCGCCAAUGGCGAGGUCUAUACUUCUUCUCCCUGGUCAUCGCAUCUAUUGGUGUGAUCCCAUAUUGCCUUGGCUUCUUACUCGAAUACUUCCACCUCCUGGUCUUUUGGGCGUCGAUGCUCUUCAGCUCUAUCGGGUGGACUAUGCUCAUCACAGGACAGGCAUUCGUGCUCUACUCUCGCCUUGGACUCAUCUUGACCGAUGCGAAGAUCCUCAAAGGUGUCAAGUGGAUGAUAAUUAUUGAUGCCAUUGUGUUUCACUGUGGAACAACCAUCAUCCAAUAUGGUACUGCGUAUGGCUCCCACAAGGCUUCCUUUACCCAUGCCUUGUUCUAUAUGGAGAAAAUCCAAAUGACAGGAUUCACGGUCCAAGAGUUCAUAAUCUCAGGGAUCUACCUGUGGAAAACGGUGCAGCUCCUCCGCAUGAUCCAACGCGAGGGCACACGUCGUGUCAUGUGGGAACUGUUGACAAUCAACAUCGUCAUUAUCCUCAUGGACAUCGCACUGCUGGCCAUGGAAUAUAAAGCACUACGUGCCAUGGAGCGCGCCUUCAAGAGUGUCAUUUACAGUGUCAAACUGAAACUCGAGUUCGCAGUCCUUGGUCGUUUGGUGGAUCUGGUUCAGUCUAGCCAGAGAACACUGAGCAAUGCCCUGGCAGAUGUGGAGUCUUUUGUCGACACCUCCAUUUCGAGAUCGGAUACCCAGGCUUCGGCUCCAAUGACAGCGCGAAGAAAAAGUGAAACAGUCCCAGAUUGGAUGGCUAAGUUGGAGGGAGAGACGAGUCAUGUCGAACAGGCACAGGUCGCACCACACAGUUCCACCGCAAAUGGCAAGCGAAGUCCAUUUAUUACGCGGCCGCGCGAUUUCGAUGAAUGUAGCAUAUGA